AUGCUCAAUGAAAAGCAACACUUGAUAGAUGAAUGGCAGCCUGAACCGUUAGUUCCCACUUUAGAAGAGACGCACAAUUCAACUAUUGUCAAAUAUAAAGUAGUGUCACAACAAGGUGGUCCUAAGGUCACAGUGGAUGGUAAAACAUGUUUAAAUUUGGCUUCUAUGAACUUCCUGGGAAUGUUGGGAAAGAAAACAAUAGAGGAUGCUGCUGUCAAAGCAAUAAAGAAGUAUGGUGUUGGUUCUUGUGGACCGAGAGGUUUUUACGGAACAGUGGAUAUACAUCUAGAGUUAGAAGACAGACUAGCCAAGUAUAUGAAGACUGAGGAAGCUAUUUUAUAUGCUUAUGGAUUUUCCACCAUAGCUAGUGCUAUACCUGCAUACUCUAAACGUGGUGAUGUCAUAUUUUGCGAUGCUGGUGUUUGUUUUUCCAUUCAGAUGGGUGUGUUGGCAUCCAGGAGCAAUGUGAAAUUCUUCAAACAUAAUGACAUGGAAGAUUUGGAAAGAUUACUGAUGGAACAAGCAGAGGAAGAUAAAAGGAAUCCCAAGAAAGCUAAAGUAACAAGACGAUUUCUGGUAAUUGAAGGACUGUACAUAAACUAUGGGGAUAUUGCUCCAUUGAAAAAAAUGAUUGAAUUGAAGUACAAAUAUAAGGUGCGGAUAUUUUUAGACGAGACCAUAUCUUUUGGUGUGCUAGGUGCACAUGGUAAGGGUAUUACAGAGUACUUUGAUAUCCCAAUUGAAGAGGUUGAUAUGAUAUCUUCAUCCAUGGAGAAUUCCUUGGCCAGUAUUGGUGGAUUUUGUUGUGGUACUACGUUUGUCAUUGAUCACCAGAGAUUAGCUGGCCUUGGUUAUUGUUUCUCCGCAUCGCUGCCACCACUUCUGGCUUCGGCCGCCAUUGAAUCACUCAAUCUGAUGGAAGCUAACCCGGAAAUGUUUGCGGAACUUAUCAGAAAGUGUCACAUUGUUCAUGAUUUGUUAUUAAGUCUUCCUCAUCUUCAAGUUGUUGGUGUACCUGAAUCUCCAGUCAAACAUAUACGAUUGAUUGAAUCCAAGUCAACAAAAGAAGACCAGAUAGCAUUAGAGUCAAUAGUCUCUCAGGCAUUGGAUAAGAAUGUUGCAAUCACGUGUGCUAGGUAUUUACCUGAAGAGAAAUUCUGCCCACCACCUAGUAUUCGUAUCACUGUGAGCACUGAAAUUAGUGAUGAAGAUUACAAAGUUGCAAUUGACGUUAUCAAGGAGGCUGCAAACACUGUGCUCACUGAGGUGUCAUGAUACUUUUGUACCAAACUUUUAUUCCAAUUUCUCAGCUCAGAUUUCAACACUAUUGAUGUUUUCUUUGUUUAUUUGUUUCCUUAUUUCACUUUAAAUUGAUAUAAUGCAGAACACUGGUAAUCUGCUUCCCUGCUUCAUCAAAAAGUGACAAUGAAUAAUGUGACACGAGGAAAAUGCUGAAAGUAUUCAUUCAUCUUGAGGCACAAAAGACGGUGGUCAUUGUACCGUGCAUGAGCGAGAUACAGUAUGUGUUGAUGAACAGUGAUAUUUCCCACAAUUCAUAGCACACUCCCAGUGGCAAGCACUCAAUACUUGAUUUGAUCCAGUUGCAAUGGGCACUGAAUACAAAUUUUGACUCGUUAGACUUCUUUGAUGUAUGCAAAACAUCUCUUGAAGCACUAGAGAAUACAGGAAUAUGCACCUGCGGUCUUUUCUUUGAUGUAAUGUUUCCUGGGAUUUAAAUGAGAUUUUGAAUUUUCACUGUGCAUGAUUGCGUUCAUAUAUCCUUGUCAAGUUGCAUCACACAGGUAUAUAAUCUUUGAAAAUAUAAAUUAUAUUUUUCGAUGGCAAAUUCAGAACAAAAACAUGCCCACGCAUUAUAAACAGUAUGACAUAAACUAGGAGAAUUUAAAAAAUUUGUAUACCGUGUUUUAGAAAAAGGGGUAAAAAAAAAUGGUUUGAUGUUAACUUUGCUAUACGAUGCAAGUAAACGAUAAUACAAUAAAUUUAUUCUACCAAAAACUAGUCUGUGCCAUAAUACAUGAUUAGCAGCACACAAACUACAUGUAGUUUGUUGUAAAUAUAUUCGAUACAGCGUAUUUUAAAAAUUAGGUUUCAUAAACCUCUUGAAAAAAAUCUGAUAGGGCUGCCAUGGAGCUAUUGAUUGCACACAUAGAUACUCACGUAAUAAAACAUGCACCAAGAGAUGUCUUUAUAUGGAAAUUCAUUCUAUACUCUUUGAUGUUUGUUGCAGUUGUCGGUAGCGUACGCGUCUUCUUUGUACACAUUCCAUUCAUCUGCACAUAAGGUUAAGUGACCCAUAUCUCGCACAUCCACGGCAAGGCCAUCUUUUAAAUAAAAUUUCAUGAAAGAUUGUUGAAUUACUGUGAUUUAAAUUAAGAGCAAGUUAUAAUUAAUACAUAGCAACUUUCAUAUAGUCCCACAAUUGUAGUCCCUAACUAUCAGUAAACUACUAAAGUAUACCAGAUAAGAUAUACCGGUAGGGUUAUCAAAUGAUAAUCUGCAUAAGUGAAAGUGCUCUAAUAUUUAAAUUAUGUUCUUAACAAUAAUAAUAACCUGUGUAGUUUUUAGUUUGAGGGUCCUUGUGUAAAUUUUAUUUUGAGGGGGUUUGCAAAUAAAAAUUAUGCAAUUAUCAUUGUAACAACAAAAUUAGAGGGCGGGAGAGGCACAACAAUAUAGUGCCCUCUAUACUCUGUGGAAGCAUUGAUCUUCAUCGUGAUUUAAUUUUAAAGUAUUUCAUCAACAACCAGUGAAUGAACUUGAUCUUCUUUAUAUGCAAAUGAUAUUUUGAUAGGUGUUAUAUUUUUUCCACUUUUUUUACUAUUUGUUUGAAAGAGGUUCUUGCACAUUUCAUUGUCUAUAUUUGUUCAUUUCAUGAUUACAAACAUAAUAUUGAGAUUAGAUG